AUGGAGGUUCAUCAUGCUCAGGCACCGCCGCGGACGACAGCGCCGUCCGAGCAUUCACUCACGUUCCCCUUCAUUGGUGAAUUUUUGUCGAGCGGUGGUUCACUCGCAACAUCCGACGACGGAUGUGAUUACUUGAGAUUGGAUGGCGCGAUACACGGAAAUGGAGAAUACUCUCCGUCUGAAGAAGCCUCGAUUUAUGUGUCCAGUAUAUUGCGGCUAGGAUCAGAAGUACCUGCGGAACAUGCAUUCAGUACUGAUGAUAAUAUUCAGAUAAAGCAAGAAUCUGUCGUCGUCAUAUGCGCUCAAUGCCAACAACCCAUUCAAGAUAAAUUCUACCUGAGCGUCGAUGGAAGGUCUUGGCAUGAAAGCUGUCUGCAGUGUACGGAGUGUAAAUGCCGACUUUCGAACAAAUGUUUCUAUAAGGACUCGGAGUUUUACUGUAAAGAAUGUUAUUUUCGAAACCACGCCGGUCCUGACUGCGCUUCUUGUGGCCGAAAAAUCGGGGCUGCGGAUUGGGUAAGAAGAGCAAGGAAUUUUGUUUAUCAUCUGGCUUGUUUUGCCUGUAACCAAUGCAAAAGACAACUGAGUACCGGAGAAGAGUAUUCACUUCAAGAGGAGCAUCUUCUUUGUAAACAGCAUUACUUGGAGCUCGUUGAAGGAGACAGUGGCGUUUCAAGUCAGAAGGCAAAAACGAAACGAGUUAGGACCACGUUUGCUGAUGAUCAGUUAUCCGUUCUACAGACCUAUUUCAAUAGGGACAGUAAUCCUGAUGGUGCAGACUUGGAGAAAAUUGCCAACAUGACUGGGCUUAGCAAACGUGUGACCCAAGUUUGGUUCCAGAAUUCGCGAGCUCGUCAAAAGAAGUGGCAUCAGAAGUCCGACGGAGACAAUGAAGACAGCCAGAGAUCUUCUGUGGGACCAUCGAGUCCAGGACAAAAGUCUGACAGCAGUAGUGAUAUGAUGUAUCCAACUUCUGUCACUACUAGUGUCGAAGAUGCCAUUCCAGAAUCCUGCUCCAUUAUCACUGCGAUGGAAUUUUGA